AAUCAGGCGAGUGUAGAAAGCCUGUGGGAUUUGUAUAUAUAAGUGCCGAUGACAAUUCCAUAGGCACUCUCAGCCACAGUUGUCUUUAGUAUUGUAGGCUUUCCAGCUCUCCCAUCCACUCCAGCCCAACAAUGAAGGUCUUCGUCGUCCUCGCUGUUUUGGUGGCAGUUGCCUCAGCUCAAUUUAAUGAUCCUCUGGCCCAGCCAACCCCCUAUUCCUUCAGCUACACUUCCAACACUGAAGAUGGUGGCAGCAGUGGUCAUCAGGAAAAUGGCGAUGGAUCUGGACGAGUGACUGGAUCUUACACCGUGACCGAUCUUGAAGGACACAGCCGAGUUGUCGACUACAUUGCUGACGAAAACGGAUUCAGAGCUACCGUCAGGACCAAUGAACCAGGCACUGCCAACCUCAAUUCUGCUGAUGUGUCCAUGGAAUCCACUGGUGAUGAUGGUGGUAUUGCUGCUGCCUAUGCUGGUACCCUCCCUGCCGCCGCCCCUGCACCAGCAGUUGCCCCUGUUGCCUCUGGACGACCUGGAGUCCGAUACGUCCUAGUUCCAGUCACUGACCCUAGAGCACGAGGAUAUUAUUAAAUUAAUUAAUUAGUGUUUUUACGGUCAUAUAGCUUUAUUAAAGACAAACACGGCUCGGAGUAGGCUAUCGUAAAGAAUUUAUUAAUCCUCCCCGUUUUAUGCGCCAUGAACUGUCCAUUUUCUGUGACAGAAAAUUGCUUUGAAUUUCGGGUGUUUCGCUAAAAAACUAUGGGUGGGUGAUGUAAUUGUUACUAUUUGUAUGUCGAGUCGCUUAUUUCUUAGUUACUGAGUGUAAUUUAUUCUGAAACUUAUUGGUAAUGAACUGGUAAAAUUGAGAGAAAUCGGAUUCAUAUUUCAUUACACGCGAAUUAGUAAGAAAAUGGUUUAAAGGAUUUUAAUCAAUACGAUAUACUAGAUACCGAUACAUCAUCAGAAAAAUACUUAGUCAUGAGCCUCAGUAGAUUUUUCAUAAAGUUCCUUCAUUCAAAGUUUUUCACUUUAUUAGAGCAAAAUAUAUUGUAUGCCUCUAAGUCAUAAAUAUUAAAAGUUAUCUCAUAGUGUCAGUCCGCUAAUAUUUCUGGUUUUAUUGUCUUUUCUCUCUUUCUUGUAGGUGAGCAUUUUCUUCUUGCCUCUUAUUAUUUCUCGUGGCAUUAUCGCAUUUCUCUUCAAAAGAACCCCCAACUAAUGCAAAUAUUUAAUCAAUAUUAUUCUUUGUUCUCAAAUACUAGCAAUUCCUAGAUGCUUAAUAUUUUUGUCUAAAUAAAUAAAAAUACAUAAGAAGUUAAAGAAUAACCUUAGCUGUUUCCAUUCAACAAAAAUGGAAAUUUCUGUUGUCAUUCUUGCAGAUUUCUGGUGCUAUUCCUGUCAGAAAUUUUCCAUUACUGAGCUUCUAUACGAAUAAUGAGCAUUUUAAUACAGCCAUGGAACUGUAAAUACAAAAUUUUGAGAGUUUUGUGAUAAAAGACGGCAAACAUAGAUAUGCUUGUUUGAUAUUACAACUUUAUUUGUUGAUUGAAUAAAAAUAUUUGUUGCAAUUUAA